GAGGACAAAAGGGGCGAAGGGGCACAUAUGUAUGGUGAUGGCUAAAAAGACUAUUGGGGGUGAGCAAAGUGCAGUCUAUACAGAAACUGGUAAAUAAUAAUGUGCACCUGAAAUUACACAUUGUUAUAAACCAAUAUGACCUCAAUAAAAUAAUUUUUAAAAAAAAUAAGGGAAGAAAGUGUACUUAACCAUUCUGGUAGGUUUAAAAGUGACCCCCAACCCGUGAUAUCCAUGUCCUAACCCUACAGUCUGUGAAUAAUGUUACCUUAUAUGGCAGGGACUUUGCAGGUAAGAAUCUUGAGAUGGAGAGAUUAUCCUGGAUUAUCCAGGUGGUCCCAAUGAUGUAAUCACAAGCGUCCUUAAAAGAAUGAGAUACUACUGUGGAAGUAGGAGGUGUGAUAACAGAAGCAAGAAGUUGGAGUAUAGCAAGGAAAGGGUUACCAGCCAAGGAAUGCAGGUGGCCCCCAGAAUCUAGAAAAGACAAGGAAAUGGAUUCUCUCCUAGGGAGCUUCUAGAAGGCACCAGCUUUGCCAACACCUUGGCUAGCCUAGUGAAACUGAUUUCAGAUUUCUGGCCUCCAGAACUGAACAAGAACUGAACAAGAGAAUAAAUUUGUGUUGUUUUAAGCCACCAGGUUUAUGGUAAUUUGUUACGGCAGCUGUAAGAUACUAAUACAACCACAAUUUUUACCAUUUCCAUUGCUCUUCAUUUCUUUGUAUGGAUUGAAUUUCCCAUCUGAUAUCAUAUUCUUUUUGCCUGAAGAUCUUUCUUUAACAUAUCUUGCAGUGCAGGUCCAUUGGCAAUAAAUUCUGUCAGCUUUUUUUUCUCUGAAGAUGCCUUUAUUUCUCCUUCAUAUUUGAAAAAUAUAUUCACUGGGUAUAGACAGUUCUAAAUUUACUAUUUUUUGUUUGUUUGUUUCUCCUUUCAGUACUUUAAAGUUGUCACUCCGUUAUGUUCUGGAUUGCACGUUUUCUGAUGAGAAGUUUGCUGUCACUCAUAUUUAUUCUGUACAUAAUGUUUCUUUUGUUGGCUGGCUGCCUUGAUGAUUUUCUCUUGAGAUGUCAUCAGUUGGACUGUGAUGUACCUAGAUGUGUUUCCCUUUGUAUUAAUCCUUCUUGGUAUGCUCUGAACUUCUUGAAUCUGUGAUGUUUUGUCUUGUAUUAAUUUUGGAAAAGUCUCAAGAAUUAUCUCUUCAAAUAUCUUUUCUCCCCUGCACUCUCUCUGUUCUUCUCCUCCCCCCACCUCUCGCUCUGCCCCUUUUCUCUGCUCCUCUCCUUUUUUCCUUUUAUCCCUCUCCUUCUGGACUCCAAUUAUCUGUACUUUAGACAAUUUGAUAUCAUGCCGUAGCUCUCAGUUGUUCUAUUCUCUCUCUCUCCUUCUAUCUGUCACUCUUUCUCCUCUUUAUAUUUCCAUUUGGAUAAUUUCUAUUAAUCUAAUUUUCAGUUUCACUUAUUCUUUUCUCUGCUGUAUCCAAACAAAUUAUUCAUCUCUGAUGUUUUAUUUUUAGCAUUUCUGUUUGUCCUUUUUUUAUAGUUUCCAACUUUUUGCUGAAAUUGCCUAUCUGUUCAACAUGUUGUCCACAUUUUCAACUAAAUCUUUUAAAAAUGUUAAACUUGGUUAUUUAAAAAUCUUUGUUUGAUAGUUCUAACAUCUGGAUGGGUCAUGCCUUGGUCUGGUUUUGUUAACUACUUUAUCUCUUGAUGAGUCAUUUAUUUUUCUUGCUUUUUUGUGUUUCUUAAUUUUUUGUUGACCCCGUGUGUAACAGCAUAGUAGAGACUGAGGUAAAUAGUAUUUAUGCCUAGAAAAGGGCAUGCCUUUUAUUCUAUCAAAUCAUUAGUGUGGAGUGUUGAGUCAGUUUAGGGGAGUUGAGUGGUGGGCUGCUGCUGCCUUGUGCUAAUAUGGGGCCUGGAGCACUAGAAGGUUCUUCUCAGUGUUCCUGCUUCAGACUAGGCCUUCAGGAGGGCCUGGCUGCCCCUUUCUCCUGUGCCUGCGUGAAUGGGGAGUGGAUGGGGGUGAGAAUCUUUCUCUGUCCUCUUACCUCUUAGCCUGCCUCCAGUGAUAGGCUGCUGUUGUUACUUGGUGCAGACUCAUGGAGGGGGUGGGGAGAUUUAUCAGGGUUUUCUUGAGGUUUCUCAGGCCUCUUGAUGCAGCCUCAGUCUUGGGUGGGCCUUGUGUGCCUAAGCCUCAUGGCUGGGCUUUCUCAGAUAUUCUUGUGUCAGUGGAGGUCUCGAUGGGAUAUCCUGAUUCCUUUCUACUUCUGUGCACUGAGCAUGUUGGGAAUGAUUUGAACAUUGUUAGGAAAGGACCCUCCAAAAGCUCUUGGCAUUUCUUUGUUAAAACUCCAGCCCUCUACAGAGUGAUCUUUGAAGAUUGUAGCUCUGGCUCCAGCCCCUGCCGCAAAGCCCUCUACUGCACCCCAUGGCCCUCAGGUCAAAUGCUUUGAGCUCUGCAGCCUCGAGCCUCUGCCGCUGAAAAGUGAAUCAGCACAUUCCCCUCCGUGUAAAAGGAUCUGGGCUGGAAGCAUGUGGUGUGUCCUGCGAGGCUGGAGGCGACAGUGCCUGGGCCCAUGGGGAGCCCUGGGGCAGCAGUGGCCCCUGGGCAUCCGUGCUCUGGCCAGUGCAGGCUCCAGGAGUGGGAACGAGUACAGCCAUGUGGUGGUGGGUGCAGGCUCCGCAGGCUGUGUGCUGGCCAGGAGGCUCACGGAAGACACUGACAAGCGUGUGCUGCUGCUAGAGGCUGGGCCCAAGGACACGUAUGCAGGGAGCAAGCGGCUCUUGUGGAAGAUCCACAUGCCCGCUGCCCUAGUGGCCAACCUGUGCGAUGACAGGUACAACUGGUACUACCACACGGAGCCGCAGCCGGGCCUGGAUGGCCGGGUGCUGUACUGGCCGCGCGGUCGGGUCUGGGGUGGCUCUUCAUCCCUCAAUGCCAUGGUCUACAUCCGCGGGCACGCCGAGGACUAUGAGCGUUGGCACCGAGAAGGCGCCGCAGGCUGGGACUACGCGCAUUGUCUGCCCUACUUCCGCAAGGCACAGGGCCACGAGCUGGGUGCCAGCAGGUACCGCGGUGGUGAGGGCCCGCUGCGUGUGUCCCGGGGCAAGACCAACCACCCGCUGCACCAGGCGUUCCUGGAGGCAGCACAGCAGGCCGGCUACCCCCUCACCGAGGACAUGAACGGCUUCCAGCAAGAAGGCUUCGGCUGGAUGGACAUGACCAUCCAUGAAGGCAAGCGCUGGAGCACGGCCUGCGCGUACCUGCACCCAGUGCUGAGCCGCCCCAACCUCAUAGCCGAGGCCCGGACGCUCGUGAGCAGGGUGCUGUUUGAAGGCACCCGUGCAGUGGGCGUGGAGUACGUCAAGAACGGCCAGAGCCACAGGGCUUACGCCAGCAAAGAGGUGAUUCUGAGUGGAGGCGCCAUCAACUCGCCACAGCUGCUCAUGCUCUCGGGCGUCGGCAACGCAGAUGACCUCAAGAAACUGGGCAUCCCGGUGGUGUGCCACCUUCCUGGAGUCGGCCAGAACCUGCAAGACCACCUGGAGAUAUAUAUCCAGCAGGCGUGCACCCGCCCUAUCACCCUCCACUCGGCACAGAAGCCCUGGAGAAAGGCCCAGAUUGGGCUGGAGUGGCUCUGGAAGUUCACAGGGGAUGGAGCCACGGCCCACCUGGAAACAGGUGGGUUCAUCCGGAGCCAGCCUGGAGUCCCCCACCCGGACAUCCAGUUCCACUUCCUGCCAUCCCAAGUGAUCGACCACGGGCGGGUCCCCACCCAGCAGGAGGCUUACCAGGUGCACGUGGGGACCAUGCGGGGCACGAGUGUGGGCUGGCUCAAACUGAGAAGUGCCAACCCCCAGGACCAUCCUGUGAUCCAGCCCAACUACCUGUCAACAGAAACCGAUAUUGAGGACUUCCGUCGGUGUGUGAAGCUGACCAGAGAAAUUUUUGCACAGAAAGCCCUGGAACCAUUCCGGGGGAAAGAGCUCCAGCCAGGAAGCCACAUCCAGUCAGAUAAAGAGAUAGAUGCCUUUGUGCGGGCAAAAGCGGACAGUGCCUACCACCCUUCGUGCACAUGUAAGAUGGGCCAGCCCUCCGAUCCCACCGCUGUGGUGGAUCCGCAGACCAGGGUGCUUGGGGUGGAAAACCUCAGGGUUGUCGAUGCCUCCAUCAUGCCCAGUGUGGUCAGCGGCAACCUGAAUGCCCCCACCAUCAUGAUCGCAGAGAAAGCGGCCGACAUCAUUAAGGGGCAGCCUGCACUCUGGGAUAAGGAUGUCCCCAUCUACAAGCCCAGGACCCUGGCCACCCAGCGUUGAGGGAGUCACUGCCUGAGAAGCCCCCCAACAGGCUAAGAGGGCCAGCAUAGCCCUUGCUCCAAUGGUCUUUCCUGAAACUAUCUAGAAUGUUAGGAUUUAAUGUCUGUGAAUUGGAUCAUUUGUUAAGAAAUGAGACCAGUACUACUGGUCAGUGAAUCGGGUUCCUUUUUACAACAUUUCCCUAUGGGCCUUUUGGGAAAGGCCAGUAUUCUGGUUGGGGCCCCUCUUCCCUGCCUCCUGCAAGGACAGCAAAGGGGAGGGGAGGCUGGCGGAGGAGGAUGAUGGUUAACUCCUGCCAUGUACUCGUCUUGUGUUCAUGGUGCUCUCCAACCCAGGGUCCUGCUGCCUUCUUCGGUCCUUGUUAGACUGGAGGAAGGUGGUCUCUCCCAGGCCUCCCUCUGCAGCCCCUCAGAGAGCAGGUGCUGUGCACUGAGGCUUGGAGCUAGUCAGUCCUGCUUGGGUUCUCCAAGGGGGGCAUCCUCCUCUCAGGCUGCAAGCUGUAGCUAAGGCCCAGAGUUGCAGUCAUUAGAGCUCACCGGGGACACGUGCAUAGCCUCCAGCACUCCCGUUCAGAGGGGAAAGCGGCCCACUGGAAGAAACACAGCCUUCUCCUUUCUCUUCUGCUUCCUGAUUUCACUCCCAGAGGGAGGCAGGAACUGGUGCUCAGUUGUGUCCCUCUGAGGGCCUUGGGGGGGCCUCCUCGCCAAUGCUCUGGUUCUUAUUAAACACGAUCAGCCCAAUGAGAGGACGUCUGGACCUUGUUCAAGGAGAUAAGAGUCUGGAGGGGCUCUUUCUUUACUAUCGUAGGUUCCCUGAUUUAGCAUUCCGGAAGAUUUUCCUGUUACCAGGAAACCUAGAAACCCAGAACAAACCCUACCUACCAGACCACAGCUCCACGCUGAAGCGGCCAGCCAAGAGGAUGCUCUCCUCUCAGAUGGGGAAAUGACUCCACAGCGGACAAGGCUGGCUAAUUCUCAUUCUUUAGACGUCUGUGGGAACAGAGCAGGAUGGAGCUGAGACUGACAGAGAAAGCAGUCGAGUAAAACUACGCACCCUGAUCCUGUAAAAAUGAAACUGAGUGAAAGAAAAAUAAAUUGGCAAACGAUUUGAGUUUUUGGGGGUGGAAAGCAGUUACAAGUAGCAUUUAAAACAGCUCUUGAUUUUUAAACUUCUUAUAAUUCAAUAGUAUAAUCCCAGUAAACUUAUUUUUGAACUGAGACGCCUCAUCCAGACUGUUCUGUCAAGCUAAUGAAAGUUAAAUGCAUUUUGGAUUGAUUUUUUUCCGAAGCCAUCCAAAGCUUCUAUGGCAUCUAUGGCAGGGAAGCCAAGAAUUGCUACAUGGAAACCUGUGUGCUGGGCCCAGAAUGAGGGCCAGCUUCACCCAGGAUUAGAGUGGAUUGAGGUGGCUUGGAGGUCCAACAGCCGCAACUCAUGUUUCUGAGAAAGACCUUUCAAAAAGGUGGAAAGAAGAAAACGAUCACAUCUCUCCUUCCUUUAAAAAUUUUAAACAACAAACAGCUCUUGUUUGAUCUUACCUGUGUCUGUCUUUAUUUUCUGUUCCAGGGGAGGGUCAAGAAAGAAAAUUCUAAAUCUGCCAAGAGAUUUCUCUCUCCUAGAGAGGUUCCCCACCUGCCUCACGGCAGGGUGCACAGCCAUCAUCCUCUGGGUCUUGGAGCCACCUGCAGGGGCGGAGGAGUGCAGGUGCCAGCCCCACUGCUCUGAGGGCUGAGAAGGAACAAGUUAGGUGUGGAGGGGGUUCCCAGGCGACCGUCUGUGCUGACCUUCUCUGGCACGGGAUGGCAGCUAUAUGGCCAUUCAGUGCUGCCAUCACUGCGUUCUGUGGUGUUUUCAGCCUCUGAGGCAAUGACUGAUUUGCUACUGUGGCUGUAAUGUAAGAUGAGCAAAAUGACACGUGGAAAGAGGAGCCUGUCCCUGUUCAGCUCCAUUACCUCCAGGCCCGUCUCCCACUCUUGCUUACGGGGCCUUGUUCCAUAGGAUGAUAUAACCAUACGGUGAAAUAAAUACGUUUCAAAAGA